AUGGAGGUUCUGGAUCAUCUGUGGGCCAGGAAGACUGCCAAGCACCGUCCAAUCAGGAUGCAGAUACAGAUCAAUAAAGAUCGAACUACAAAUGUGGACAUGUUGUCUUUGCCGUCCUCUUUCAGGACCAGUUGGACCAGUAACCAACCAGUGAAACCAGUGAAACCAGAGCCCCGCCCAGAUCUGGACUACAUGUUGAAGACGGGCAGAGAGGAUGAGAGGGAUGAAGAAGAAGAAGGAGAAGAAGGGGAGGGGGGAUGUCUGAGAAGAAGAAGUCCUGGUAAAAAGAACCAGAGCCAGGCCCGUUUGGAUCGGGUUCGGCUGCGGCGCAUCGAGGCCAACGCACGAGAGCGAAACCGGAUGCACGGUCUCAACAAGGCCCUGGACAGCCUGAGGAAGGUGGUCCCCUGCUGCUCCAAAACCUCCAAACUGUCCAAGAUCGAGACGCUGCGUUUGGCCAAGAACUACAUCUGGGCCCUGAGUCAGAUCCUGCACAGCGGACAGACCCCAGACCUGCUCAGCUUCGUCCACACCCUGUGCAAAGGCCUGUCCCCCCCCACCUCCAACCUGGUGGCCACCUGUCUGCAGGUCCACGUCCACGGCGGGGACCCGCUGGUGCUGUACCCGGCCAAUCAGCGCCAUGGGGGCCGGGUCCUGGUCCCCGGCUCCACAGACGGUGUCAGACCCCCGUAUGAGGGCGUGUCCAGCAGCUGCUCCGGGUCAGUGUCUGCAGGCGUCUUCACCCCCCCCCUUCACUUCAACGGGGUUUUGACUGUGAAACAGGAACAGCCGGUGGACGCCCACAGCCCCCCCCAUGGCCCCCCCCAUGGCCCCCAUGGCCUCCAGGACCGCCCAGGGAGGGGCUCCUCUGGGGCCACUGGACCCUUUGACGUCCACCUGGGGGGGCACUUUUACCCGCUGCAGGAAGAACUAAACAUUAGGUUCCAUAAUUAA